CGCCACAAGCGUCAGUCAAGUCUCCCGGGUCGCUGUCGUUUAAAUCGGGAAGUGACAGCUGUCGUAGAGUAUAUGAGUCAAAAGCGUUGCAGAGAUGAGGUCCCCUCUGGUGGCACCACUUCUUUUCUGCCUGCUCCUGGCUGCAGGAAAUGAUGUCACAGGGGAGGAGGAGAACAGGAAGCCCAACUUUGUCCUGAUGAUGGUAGAUGACCUGGGUAUUGGUGAUAUAGGCUGCUAUGGUAAUGAUACCAUCAGGACUCCAAAUAUAGACCGACUGGCAUCUGAAGGGGUGAAGCUGACUCAGCACAUUUCCGCUGCUCCUCUGUGCAGUCCGAGCCGCGCUGCUUUCAUGACGGGGCGUUAUGCACUCCGCUCAGGAAUGGGAAGCACUGGCCGUGUGCAGGUGUUGCUGUUCCUUGGAGGUUCAGGGGGACUUCCAGAAAGUGAGACCACAUUUGCUAAGAGGCUGCAACAACAAGGAUACACCACUGGCCUAGUGGGUAAGUGGCACUUGGGUGUGAACUGUGAACACAGAGGGGAUCACUGUCAUCAUCCAAACCAGCAUGGCUUCAGCUACUUCUACGGCCUGCCGUUUACCCUGUUCAAUGACUGUGUGCCAGGAGAGGGGAGUGAUGUCUUGGCUGACCUCCAGAGCACGCUGCAGUUUAUGGCAACUAUUCUUGGAGUUGGACUUUUCACACUGGUGUGUGUCCAUCUGUGUGGCCUCCUUGAAGUCAGCCAGAAGCUCCUGGUAGCACUUUUCUUUUUUAGUUUUGCAGCAACUGCUGUUUGGUACGUGCCUUUUAAACUCUUGCCGACCUGGAACUGCAUCAUCAUGAGGAACCAGGAUGUUAUUGAACAGCCAAUGACGGUAGAUACACUGCCCCAGAGGCUGCUGGGAGAAGCACAAAACUUUAUAAGGAGGAAUAGUGAUCGUCCGUUCCUCCUCCUCUUCUCAUUAGUCCAUGUCCACAUACCACUCUUCAAAACCCCUGCGUUUGCAGGCAAAAGUCGCCAUGGUUGCUAUGGGGACAACCUAGAAGAAAUGGACUGGUUCAUAGGUAAGUUGACAGAGACGGUGGACUCCCUUGGCCUCGCCAACAAUACUCUGAUGUACUUUACAUCAGACCAUGGUGGACACCUCGAGGAUGCAAACUCAGUCGUGGGCCAGAAAGGAGGAUGGAACGGCAUCUACAAAGGUGGGAAGGCUAUGGGGGGCUGGGAGGGUGGGAUAAGAGUACCUGGUAUUUUCCGCUGGCCUGGCAGACUUGCAGCUGGGAGAGUCGUAGAUGAACCCACCAGUCUCAUGGACCUCUACCCUACACUCAAGUAUUUAGCCGAGGACACACAACCAGACAGACAUUCAGACGGCUAUAACCUCAUGCCGCUGUUGGAGGGCAAAGUACAGAGAUCCGAUCAUGAAUUCAUGUUUCACUACUGCGGCGUGUACCUGAACGCAGUUCGCUGGCACCCACCAGGCAGUGACUCCAUCUUCAAGGUACACUUUUUCACCCCCAACUUUUCUCCACCGGGAGCCGGGGGAUGCUAUGAUGGUAAAGUCUGUCUAUGUCACGGGGAACAUGUGACACACCACGAUCCACCGCUGCUAUAUGACAUUUUCCACGACCCCUCAGAGUCUCGCCCACUAACCCCCGACACUGAGUCGAGAUAUGCCGAAAUCCUUGAUCAGACUGCCAAAGCUGUAGAAAGACAUAGAGGUACCCUUACACACAAACAUGAUCCUCAGUCAUCGGCACACAGUGUUCAAAGUCAGAUGACUUGGGAGAAGAUUCUGUGGAAACCUUGGCUCCAGCCCUGCUGUGGGACCUUUCCAUUCUGUGGCUGCAAAGAGGAAACGUCACAUAGUUAAGGGAAAAAUACUCCUUUUAGAGAUUGAAACUUUUCUACUUAACGCUUUAAAACAUGCAGGAAAAAGUAUAUUAUAAUAAUUAGAAUAAUAAGGGUCACCUUUUUCAUGAGCAAUAUAAUGCAGCGACUGUGAUGCCUCAGGGUGCUUUCUGGUUCUUCCACAUUUUUAAGCAUCUUAAAGAUGUGAUGUGAAAAAUAUCCUGGAAAAAAGAUUUUCAACAGGACACAACUUGCAUUGAGACACCAAAAAAGAACACAUUUUCAAAAGGGGAAACUAAGUGAAAUCCUAAAAUGAUGCAAUGCAAAAUGAAUAUCAAUUUUAAUACUGCUGACCAUAAUCAAUAAUCGAAUGACGGUUAAACAGUGCGUGUGCUGCACAGUGUCUACUCACUACAGAGAACAGGGUCUCUGCAGGCUGGUCCAGUUGUUAAUUAUUCAUUUAUUUAAUGAAUUUAUUGAAUCACUUCUGUUGCUCUUUAAAAGUUGUGUUUGUUUGAGAGGGAAAUGCUUUGAUCGUCUGAUCAGAAUGUAUCACCGUUCACUUGGCUUGGCGGCGGGAAACGUUUAAUCUUUACUAAUCUGCUACUUCUUCUUAUGUUUAAUUAUGAGGACUUGUGCAUUUAAUGAGUGUUGGCUUGAAAGUAACAGAUGGUUUCAACGGACACUCAAGCUUGAAAUGGGAAUGAAUUCAUUUCCUUUUUGAAAGAUACUCCUUCAUCCUGACUUCGACUUGACAUAGGUCUUAAUUGAAGUCAUUGUUGUUGGAUAAAGCUCUUAAAAAGCCUUUCAGUGCCUGAAGUAGAACUUCAGAACUUAUUUUUGUAUGUUUCGUUAUUAAAUGAAGGAUCAGUUCAGUGCUUUUUUUCUUUCUUUUUUUACAAGGGAACUUGAUGAUGCUUGAAAUAAACAGAAUAAAGAGGUUACUUUGGA